CAGCGGCGGCGGCGGCGGCGGCGGUGGGUGCGCUCCGCUCCGCGCCGCUCCGCGCCCCGCGCCCGCCAUGGCGGCCCGCCGCCCCCGGGCCCUGCUCGCCCUCGGCCUGGCCCUGCUCGCCACCGCCGCCGCCGCCGUCGCCACCGACCCUUUCUCGCCCCAGCUGGGAGAUACCGCCGGGUGCCGCGGGCAGUGCGGCCGCAGCCUGCCGCGCCGAGCCGCCGCCGAUGCUGUUCUCAACGCCUGUUACCGGGGCUGCCGGCUGUUCUCCAUCUGUCACUUCGUGGAUCCAAGCGCCGAGCUGAACACAACCAGAGCCGAGUGUGAAGCAGCGUGCGCCGAAGCCUACAGCAACGCGGAGGAGCAGUUUGGCUGCCUGACGGGGUGCCGCAAGCAGCUGCCCGAGGUGGAGAGCAGGAGGGAGAAGAGCCUGGAGCUGAAGGCGCCGUCGUUCUCCAUGUUCGAUUUGGUCUCCACCUUCUGCAACGACAUCGUCAGCUCUGCCCAGAGCUUCAUCUCCUCCACUUGGACCUUCUACCUGCAGGCGGAUGAUGGCAAAGUCGUGGUGUUUCAGUCCCAGCCCGAGAUGGAGUAUCCAGUACCCGAGGCGCAGGAGACCCAGCCGGCGCAGCCAGGACUGGGGUCCAGCCCCCGGGUCCCCCAGCCCCACACAGGCCCCCGGGUGAAGGGGGAGAAGCCCCCCGUGAAGGAGCCGCGGGGCAAAGCCAAGGCGCAGCAUGCAGAACCCCCGCAGCCGGAGCACGACUUCCUCGGCUGCAUGUCCAAGCGCUCAGGCCUUCCUCGCUGGAUCCUGGCCGCCUGCCUCUUCCUCUCCAUCAUGGUGAUGCUGUGGCUGAGCUGUGCCAGUUUGGUGACUGCCCCCGAGCAGCACGUCAAGACCCAGCCUCUGAGCAUCAACGGGGACAAGGAGUACCUGGAGGACCUGGAUGGCCCCGGCACCUUCCCCCUGCCGCCUGUCAUCGCCGUCACCCUGUACCCCGCGCACAGCGGCGAGGACGCGGGGCCGCUGCCCCUCAAAGUCGACCUGGACAAGACCGUCCUGUAGCGCUCCCAUCCCUUCCCAUCACCUCCAUGCCACCUCCCUGUCACCAUCCCCAUGGCAUCGUCCCCGGUCCCGCUCCACUGCCCCUCCAGCUGCCCCACAUCCUCAGCUCCUGGAGGGGCUUCUUUGGCUCUGGCACGGGGGGGACCUGGGGUAUGAUCUGGCUCGGUCCCGCUCUCCUCCCCAGGGACAGCCACUGCGGAGGAGGCUCCCAGGAGACGGGCAGCGGCUUUGCCUCCUCUGUAGAUGUGCUGUUUGCUGGGAUCCUGGUUUCCAGCGCUCGAGAGCCAAGAGAGGAGCUGCCAGAGUGGGGAGGCCGGGGGGAGCCCGUCCUUGUAGCGGGGCGGUCCGUCUCCUCCCGACCAGAGCCCCCGGGGCCCCGCAGCCCUCCGGGCAUGGGUCCAGCGCUGGGCAGGAGGGAGCCGGCUGCGGUGGGGGAUGGAGAGUGUCUGCAGCGUUCUGGGCUUUGGCUCGGCACAUCCCCGGCCUCCCACCUUGGGCUGAGCCUCCAAGGCGCCGUCUCCGGCCCUGGGAACUCCCUUCCGCCGGCCGGAGCCGAUUGCCUUGGGGAGCCGAAACGUGGCGAAUGGAUUUGGCGUUGGCAGCCGGAGAGAGGAGUGGAUCUCACCGCCUCCAUGCCCACGCGAGGACCCAGCCAGCCCCUUCCUGGGGCUGCGGAGGGGCCCCGGGAUGGCUCCUUCCCCUCCCUGCUCCAUGAUGCCUUUGGGGCAGCUGGCCCUGAUGCUGAUGGGUUGCUGGUGGGACCGAGCAGGGGACGAGGUGACAUUUCCCUGGCUCAUGCUGCUGUGGCAUGUCCGAGCUUGGGCAGGAGGUGGGAGCUGCCAGGACACCUUUGUCCUGGGUUCAGCAUCCCUGCCUGAUGCCAGGAGUGGCUCACUCUGUGGGGCUGUAGCUGAUGGCAGGACGUAGCAGCAGCCGAUCUCUGGGUCUCUGGGCUCACAACGCUGCCCGGGAAGCCAGGGGCCAGCCCUGGGGACUCCUGGCCAAGCAGGGACCCCUCGGCUUGCCCUGGCAUAGCCGUUUGGCAUGGAGGGGUUCCCUCCCUCCCCCUGCUCUGCAGGGCUCUGCUCCCGCAGCUGGGCUCGGUGCGAGCCAGGGUGUCUCCCCAUCUCCCCGCCGUUCUCCAUCACUUGACUUUGUGCGUCGUUUUGUGGUUUGAUUUGCACCGGCAUGUGGUUCAUCGGCCCCCAGCGCCUGUGGGGACACCCCUGUGUUCAGGAGGGAUGGCUCAGGGUCGGCGGUCCCUGCCAUCCCUGUAACCACCUAACAUGUCUGUACAGAUUAACUUAUUACCCGCGACUCCCCACCCUUGGGUUUUUAGGCUCUCUCCGUGUGCCAGACGCUCCUUGGUGCUGAGUGGUCUCGGGGGGCUGUGGUGUGGUGGGGCGGGGGGCUCUCGUCCCCAUCCUCACUGGUUUUGUGCUGCUUCGUAUCAUUUUCACCCAUGCAACAUAUCUGGGUUUGGGGAACUGGGUUUGGGGGGGGUGUCUCGUGUCCGUUUUGGGGUACACUUUUUGUUGUUGCUUUCUGGCCGCUCGGCUCAGUGUAAAGCUCGGUGGAGUCUGUGGCGUUGUCCUGGCCACGGCGGCUCUCCCCGCCCCGGGCUGCGAGCUCAGGGGCGAGGCUGGCCACAGAGCUCCCCCGGCUUCGCUCCCAAAGGGCAAACCCAGCCCCAAGCUGGCUGGGCGGCACGGGCAGAGGGGAAAUAAAAGGUUUGUACCAGA